CCAUAGCUACAAUUCCGUCCCCAUACACUAUUCAUAUCGGAUUGCCACGUAUACAACCCAAGUCACAGGCAGUGUACGUUAUCACCACUCACUCUCACAGAUGAAUUUUUUUUAUUUCACGCUUGCAGUACUCUUCGUCACUCCCACUGCCACUGACUGCAGAGAAUUUGCAUUAACACUGAAUAUGGCUGAGCCUAAUGCUGAGUUGUUGGACUGGUCAAAGAAAGAUAAGCGCCGUUUCCUGCAUGCUGUGUACCGUGUUGGUGAUCUUGAUCGCACCAUCAAGUUUUACACUGAAUGUUUCGGAAUGCAACUUUUGAGGAAAAGAGAUAUUCCUGAAGAGAAAUACGCCAAUGCUUUUCUUGGAUUUGGCUCUGAACAAUCCCAUUUUGUUGUGGAAUUAACUUACAAUUAUGGGGUGACCUCAUAUGAUAUUGGAACUGGCUUUGGACAUUUUGCUAUUGCAACUCCAGAUGUUUACAAAUUUGUUGAAGACGUCCGGGCUAAGGGUGGGAAUGUUACGAGGGAGCCUGGUCCAGUUAAGGGUGGGUCAACUGUUAUUGCAUUUGUGAAGGAUCCUGAUGGUUACCUUUUUGAGAUCAUUCAAAGGGCUUCAACCCCUGAGCCGUUGUGCCAAGUUAUGCUUCGCGUUGGUGAUUUAGAGCGCUCGAUUAAGUUUUAUGAAAAGGCUCUAGGUUUAAAAGUGGUAAAGAAGACUGAUAGACCUGAGCAAAAGUACACUAUAGCUAUGCUUGGGUAUGCAGAAGAGCAUGAGACAAUUGUGUUGGAGCUGACAUAUAACUAUGGUGUCACUGAAUACACCAAAGGAAAUGCUUAUGCACAGGUUGCUAUUGGCACUGAUGAUGUAUACAAGAGUGCUGAGCUAGUCAACUUAGCCACCCAAGAGUUUGGAGGGAAGAUUACUCGGCAACCAGGGCCAAUUCCCGGCCUUAACACAAAAAUCGCUUCUUUCUUAGAUCCAGAUGGAUGGAAAACUGUUUUAGUGGACAAUCAAGAUUUUCUGAAGGAACUGGAGUGAAGAGUCCUGGCUUUUCACGAAAUAUGAAGUCAUGAUGCUGUAGUAUGAAUAAGCUGCUGGCGAGUGAUCAGCAUGUGUAUUUAUCAGGUUUACUAGUCGUCAGUAUGGUAUCUCUGAUAUGGCUUUGUUAUUACCCUAAACUCAGUUGGAACUCCCAUAUACACAGUAUUUCACUAUAAUUAGAAAAAGUUCUAUAAUUA